AUGCCUCUCGACAUUGAAGAAGACACAUAUAGUUUGGUUGGGGAAGCUCUGGAUCAAGAACUAGCCCAUCUUGAUCGAAAUGGAUGGAAUACCCUUGGUCAAAUAAGGAAAAGUGCCGUCAUUCGGUGGUCUAUGAUUACAUCAAUGAUCCGCGAGGAUGCUCUAGAAACCUUGCUUGGUCGAAAUCUCUCCAACGUGGCAGAGAGAAUCAGUGAACUACAAGCGAAAAUCGACCAUGCAUGGAAAGAGCUUCCUUCUUUUCUUACAGUACCAACCCAGGAUCUGUGGUUGAGAGGACGACCAUGUCAUGAGGUAGACGCUUUACAUCAGAUUCGUCUGUGUUAUCUAAAUACCACGUUUUUGAUCGAAUGGGCGGCCUCUCGACAUGGCCUUAACAACUCUGGUGCUUUGUUCGUGAACGCUAGCGAACUUCUUGCGUGGGUCAACGAAGCUCUCGUGAGGCGUGAGCAACUUUCCGAGCUGGGCCUAAUCUCUCUAGCAUGGAGGGUUGCUUCUUGCGCUUUACCUGCUGCGGGAGCUAUUGCCUGGUACCUUUUACAAUUCAAACUCGAUCCUUCGUCAAGACGAAGCAGCAUUGAAAAUCUGUCUGUCCUGAUUGCUCAUAUGGGCGUUUUACAUGACCCUGGUGAUGGUAACUACCAGCUAUUCUGCCAAGCUAAAGGUGCCCUGCAAUCUGCCAUGGACACUAUCCUUGAUCCUCCAAAUACAAGUCAGCCCGAAAGUUCGUUGAACAUGCUGUCUUCGGCCGCACUAGCACCAUCGCCGGACUGGAUGCUUUCGGAUUAUCUGGGGCUUGGAGUGGAUUCUUGGAUCGGUCUUCCAGAUCGUGGUUCUUUUAUGGCAAUGGACGACAACAUGCCCUACUGA